AUGAAGCCAGAACUCGAACUAGGCAGCAAAGAAACACCAGCAGUUGUGUUCGUUGAGCCACCCAGGGCUCCGAAACUGACUGAGAGAAAGUACUUCAAGGUUGGCAUCAUCGUGAGUAUUGUGCUCCUGGCCGUCUUGAUAAUAUGCGCUGUGGCAGGCAUACUGGCCUACAUCGGUGUCCAGAACAAGUUGAUUGAGUACAAGCUGACAGGGCCGGAGGGACGCACCCAGGAAGUGAGCGGUGACCUCACUGAGAAUGUCGUCAAGUACCAUAUCCAAGAUAGCGAUCAAGAUGCCUGGGUCGUCAAUGACUUCAACACGGACAUAAAAGUAACGAAGAUAGUUAACAAGAUGGGGACGAACUGUUACGUAAGUCCUCUCAACAGAUCAAACGCCAUGGAACCAGCAAAGAUUACAGUGCCUAAAUCAUCCGUCAUGCAAGAACCAUCAGAUUUCGUUUCAAUUGUUUUUAAAAUUUCUGGCGAGCCAAUCGGGGACAUUUCUUUCAUGAACAAAAAGGCAAAAGAAAUGUGCAAAGGGUUAUCAACUUAUUGGAUGUACCCAACUUGCGCUAAGGAUGAUACUCUGACCUCCGUUCCAAAAAAUCCGGCCAACUCAUCAUCGAUUCAGAAGCGUGCGGCUCCUUUUUACGUUUAUUCGACUUAUUACUACAGGGGGCUAAACUACCCGUGCUUCAACGCGUGUUGCAGGACUAUUUGUGCCCCCUAUGUGUCCGUCUACUCCGUUCUUAAAUCUGGAGUAAUGCAAUGCUACUGGGUCACAUCGGGUACAAGAGUGCGCGAUAUAUGUUACCCCACGCCUGGACUUGUUUGCAGACGGCCAGCCAUUUUUCCAAUUUGCUGA